AUGAGCCUCAAUGCAGAAGAGUGUGACGAGAGCAGCUCCUUUAACAGAGCCAGCUGGGUGUGCUGCUCGUGGGUCUCCAGUGAAGCAGAGGCGGCUGUUACUGGGUAUGAGUCUGAUGAAUUGGAGAAGUGUGCUUACCAGGAUUAUGAUAGUGACAGUGAUGUCCCAGAAGAACUCAAGAGAGACUAUGUGGAUGAGCAAACUGGAGACGCUCCUGUGAAAAGUGUGUCUCGAGAUACCCUCAGGAGCAGGAAGAAGUCAGACUACAGCCUUAAUAAGGUGAAUGCACCCAUCUUGACGAACACUACCUUGAAUAUAAUCAGGCUUGUUGGGAAGUACUUGCAGAUGAUGAAUAUCCUGAAACCAAUAGCCUUUGAUGUGAUCCACUGCAUGUCCCAAUUAUUUGAUUACUACUUGUAUGCAGUCUACACAUUCUUUGGCCGAAAUGAUAUGCAUGUGCCUAAUCCGCCAGUUUCUGUGCCUGGCAAAGAACAGAGCACUCCUAGGCAGACAACAGUCUGCUCGUAUGAAUCAUCCGGGCUUGGUCUAAUCAGCAGUAGACUCCGAACAACUCUGAACAGAAUACAAGAGAGUCUUAUUUACCUGGUAAGGAUUUGA